AUGUUAUUGACCGUCAACCAUUCGAAAGGUGACCUCAAUGACUUAGAAGCCGAGCUAUUGCAAAAAAUAGAAAUUAGCAAAAUAUCCAGACAACUCAAAUCCAAAUUGUCAGCAAUCACCAAUAAAAAACACAUUGAUCAUGAUAAAGGUUUCUCCCCUUCUGUUUCUAAAACCUCUACCAGACAUUCAAUGAAAAGAUAUACCAGCGACUUUGCUCAAAUUCACUCAUCAGUAAUGAAACCUUCCAUUAGAAGAAAUGGCAGCAAAAGUUUCAAGCACUUGCCUUCGCCAUCUUCUCCUUUAUAUACCAGUCAUACUCCAUCAUCAUCACCAUCAUCAUCCGGACAAAUGUUUAGUAGCCCAACUACUGGUCAAAUUAGAACAACUCCAUUAAGAAAUAGAAAGUUUUAUAAGUAUGAAUCUUUGAAUGAAAUAAUGCAGGCCAGUGAGAAUCCUGACAAAAAGAAUAGACAGCAAAAUGAGCAACGCUCCACCCAAAAUCAAAUGCCCUCAAUCUUAACUACACCAAAAUCAAAAGUUAUUAGAACUACUAGAAAUUUUAGUGGUGGUAACGAAGAUGAAGGUGCUAAUUUAUUGAUGUUCUUGGCCACUUCCCCUUCACCUUUCAACUCCAAAACUAGCGGUGGUAAUCAAUUCAUGUCAUCGCCAGUGAGAGCCUCUAAAUCAUAUGAUGAAUUUGGCAGUGCUUCUACAGCCGCUCCAAGCAGUCCGCAUUUUGCAUACAAACUGUUUAGCUCACCUUUCCCUAGCGAAAAUCCGUCAAGUAAAUAUCAUGUUCCUGUCACCCCAAAAGUCAUGAAAUCUACCAACAAUAAUAGUUGGGGCUCCACGAUCAUUAGAACUCCAAAUUUCAACAUGAGUGAUUAUGUUAACUUCAUGAGCCCAUCUCCUUGUGGCAAAAAGAAUGGAGCUGCUAUCAACCGUUUCAACAAUUUGAAAAGUCCUGAGUUAGAUGCCAGUUUCACCAGCAUUGAAAAGCUCUCCGGUAACAGCUAUAUUACCUCCAAUAUUUCAAAAGAUGAUGAAACUGAAGAUGAUUCUGAGGCUGAAGUAAUUGAACAAACCAUCAAUCCCUUGCAAGGUCAGCAUAAUGAUGACGGCCAAGAAACCGAGGACGAGCAAGCUGAGAACUAA